AUGACUCACCCGGAGACCCGAAGGCUUUUGCUCCAACUGGGGCGGCGACUUCGAUCUCCGGGGCAAGUGCCUGCUGCGGAGUUGGCUACGGUGCCCCAGCUUCUGCAGCGCUAUGGUCUACGGGACCAACAGCUCUUUGAGGACUUCUGCAAUUCGAGUGCCAAGUCAUGGCAGGUGCUAUCGCCGUCGCAGAUGUCCAGCCUCUUCCGGGGCACAGAGAACUACCGACUGCUUCAUGCGACCAAGGGACCCGCGCUGGAUCGAUUGGUUGCUUCGCUGCGCGACGCACUCCGGAGCGUGCCAGGAGCGGAGGGCAUGCCUCCUCUCAGUUGUCCGGCUGCGCUCGCUGCGCUUUGCCACGGGGCCCUGGCUCCUAGGGGUCGCGCCGCCUGCCGACCGCUGUUGGAAGAGCUCCGCGUGGCCUUGCAAGCUCGCCUGGAAGCCGGCCAGCUCAGCCAUGCGGAUGCCUUGCAGCUCUUGGGGGCUGCCGGGGAGCUGCAUCGUGCCAUAGGAGUCAGCAUCCCGACUCUCCAGGAGCUAUCGAAGAUCGGCCGCGAGGCGCUGCAAGCCGAUGAG